AUGGUCAUAAUUGCUCUCUUGGAGAAGGCAGAACUGACAAUAGACAUAACUAUCAGCUUGUUUAGGUGGCAGCAGCACAGCAAAUGCCUUUUCAUAAACCAGUCGAAGAGAAAGACUGAAGACAAGGUGGAGACAUUAGAAAAGCACCAAGAGUGUCUAAAGAGGCAAAGGGAAGCAGUGAAAUACAGACUGAAAAAACUCGCCGCACGACAAUCAGAAAUCGCAAAAAAAUCUGCAGUGAUAAGGGGGAGCAUCAUACGGAAAUAUCAGGAGAUCCAGACGGUUCUGGACGAGGACCUGAGGAUGACCCUGUCCCACCUGGAGAUGGAGGAGCGAGCGGCUGUCUCUGCCCUGGAUGGGCUGAUGGAGAAGAACUGUUCUCUGAUCCAGGAGAUAGAGCAGGACCUGGCAAGACUCAUUGUGGCAAUGGACCAGACCUACACAGAGCCUGAUACCUCCUCCAGAGUAAUGGAUCUGCUAAACAGGACAGACCCGAGCAGUGUGAGCCUGGACGAAGUUAAAGCUGACCAGAUCCUCAGCCUCACCAGCAACAUCCUUCUGCUCAUCAGCUCACAGACCCCGAUAAUCAAGAAACUCACCAAGAGUUAUUCCAGCGAGGUGUGUCUGGACCCAGAGACGGCCCACCCAAAACUGAUCAUCUCCCCCCAAGGUGACAGCGCCACCUACACAGACACCUGGCAGCAACUUCCUGACCUCCCUGGGCGCUUUGACACCACCCUCAAUGUCAUCAGCUUGCAAGGAUUCAGCUUUGGUCGCCAUUACUGGGAGAUUGAUGUCACUGGGAAGACUUACUGGGAGCUGGGCGUCACCUAUCCAAACAUUCCCCGCAAGGGCACCACUGAACACUGCUGGCUGGGCCGGGGGGACGAGUCCUGGUGUGUUGAGUUCUUUGAUGGGGAGUAUACAGCCUGGCACGGAGGUGUGCCCCAUCAGCUGCCUUUCACAAAACACUUCUGUCGGAUUGGUGUGUUGUGUAGUUUCCCUGCAGGGUUGGUGAUGUUUCUUGAGGCAGACAACAUGACGCCACUGUUCUCCUUCUGUGCAGGAACCUUCUCGGACUGCCUCCACCUGGCCCUGUGUCCUGGUCAUGACCACAAUGGCACCAAUGCUGAGCCUAUUGUGAUCUGUAAUGCUCCAUCUCCUUCCAGUGAUCUUUAAUUAUUAUUAGAACAGUAAU